UCAAACUCCUGUUGUAAACCUGUAUGGAGCCAUUUCUGUAUCCGAUGACAUCUCUGUCACAUCACUGGGAUCGGCUGUUACGUAGUGAGGAGGCCCGCACCAGUAACAGAUCACCGCCACAGUCCGCUCAUCAGCUGAUGCCAGGCUUGCAGGGACUGAUAAACGACCUACCGACCAACAGGCAGAUCUUAAAGACUCCGAGGAUGGAAGAACUUGGACUGUCGUUAACAUCACCCAAAGAAAAUCCCACUGCAUUCGUUGAACUAAUUGAUGUCAGUGGUUCUCGACUUCAGGAGACGGCACUUCGUGCUACUGAGGACCUUUCUGUGGACCAGUUCACCAACGUGUUAGACCCCAGUUCUACAAUUCCCUGCAUUUCUGAGACCCAGACAGAUACCGUGCUUGCUGAAUUCGAACCCUGCAAUUUGUCGGAUUCAGGGUCUGGUAUUUCGGAAUCGGGGUACAACUCAGACCGCGACAACAGAAUGGAGAACAGCUUCGCUCUGUCGCAGACGACAUUCCAGUUAUUUCUGAUGAACCUUCAGAUGCGUAGAAUCUGUCCCUGGAAUAUGCACAAGUUUCGGAGGAUGCAGAGGGUGAAAAGAAUAUUGCUACUGGCACUAAUUGUGUUUAUUGUACUAAUUCUUAUCGGUGGUGCCAUUUUCAUUUACUUUACAAGGAAAGGUCAGACAGAGGUCGUAGAGGAGGAUUUUCCUGUAUUGAAGUCCACUCCGAGAAGUGUGUUUUUCAAUCCGAUGCAUGUUCUUAUGUUUGAUAAAAAUGAAACUAAAAUCGAGAAUCCGCCUAAAAAAUGUGAACCUCUUCAAAUAUUUACGGAUGUCAAUAAUGUGUUACAUGAGAGGAAACCUGUGAUUUUGAGGGGACAGGAUAUUGGGAAUGUCACAGAGACAUGGAGUUCUGUGGAUUACCUAGCAGAGAAGGGUGGGACCAAACCUGUCAAAAUCCACGUGUCUCCAGUACCUCAAAUGGACUUCAUCAACAAAAACUUUGCAUACAAAUCACUACCAUUCAAUGAAUUUGUUAAAAGAGCAGCAGAGGAAACCCACAAAGAAUUCUUCAUAUCAGAGGGAGAGAAGUAUUAUCUGCGAGCCUUAGGUGAUGAUGUCAGAAAGGACAUAGCCGACAUAAAAGUACAGUUUCCAGAGUUGGCGUCAGACCUGAUUAUUCCAGAUCUUUUCCCAAAGGACAGGUUUUUCUCCAGUGUGUUCCGAAUAGCAUCCAAAGGGCUACAACUCUGGACACAUUAUGAUGUGAUGGACAACAUCCUGAUCCAGAUCAGCGGCAGGAAGAGAGUGGUGCUAUUUGAUCCGGCUGAUGCUCACAACCUAUACCUGAAUGGUGAUAAGUCAGAAGUUCUAGACAUAGAUAAUCCUGACCCUGAAAAAUUCCCAAAGUUUUAUGCAGCUACGAGAUACGAGGGGGAACUAGAGCCAGGGGAUAUUCUAUUUAUUCCAGCCCUGUGGUUCCAUAAUGUGGUGUCUCUGGACUUCGGUGUGGCAGUGAAUGUGUUUUGGAAACACCUUGAGGACAAUAUGUACGAUAAUAAGGACAUUUACGGUAACAAGGACCUGCAGCCCGCAGCGAGAGCUAUGCAGAUAGUCGACCGCGCCAUAAAAACCCUAGAGGAAUUAUCCCCCGUGUAUAGAGACUUCUACGCCAGAAGACUGGUGUCUAAAAUAGAGAGCAAAUGUUAUAAUAAAACCCAUGUCACAUAACUAUCAGAA